AUGCAGACGCCGGACUCCGCAAGACCGCAAGAUGCUGAGCAAGACAAUGCAGCGCUCGGGUUCUUCUUCACCGAUCCCGCCACUUUCACGCAGCCCAAGGCGCGCGGUGCCUCGCAAGUCAUGCUGUACGUCACUGGCAUGACAGAGGAAGACAUGGACAAACCCCAGGUGGGUAUCGCCUCCAUAUGGUGGGAGGGAAACCCGUGCAACAUGCACCUGUUGGAUCUGGCCGGCGAGGUGAAGGACGUCACCCACCCAAGUGUGAACAAUCCCGUCCACACUCAAUCGACGAUUGACGGUACUGCUUCUAAUGGAGGAACAGGGACAAAUGUGGCUCAAAAGCGGUUCUUUCGGGCAAAUGAGAAGACGCUGAACGUUCUCAUUUCCAAGUGGCUAGUCAGUCAAGAUCUUUCGUACACAGUGUGUGCUUCAAAACCCUUUCACGACGUCAUAAGUUCUGCUACUGGUAAUCCCUCCUACCCGAUUUUGAGCCGUGAAAGACAUGACCGACUACUCAACGGCCAGUUCCAGUUGUUUUGCGACCUUGUUGGUGAUUUCGUGAAUGCUGAGUUCGAGAAAGCCUGUCGACUUAAGUUCUUAAACCUGAUACAUGACAUUUGGACGAGCAGUGGGAAGGAUAGUAUCGUCGGUGCAUCACUAGCAUUUAUCGACAGUUUGUGGAGGUUUCGGUUUAUUGCUGUGCUGGCAACUGUAAAGAACGAUGGCCACAAGGCUCCUGCGGUGGCCAAAGUCAUCGAACGUGACAAUAUCCAAACAACCACAGUCUGGAACGACACUACAGACUCAUGGGAUAAAGUAGUCAAGACGGUCACACCAGGAGGCGCUUUUGAUGAAGGCGGAGCUGUGAUUCAAAAACUGCGGGACUUAAACAACCAUUUCAAGUCUUCAAAGCAGCGCGGUGCAUUAAAGAAAAUCCAGGAAGCUCUGUCCUAUCCGGAGCUCGAUCCAAUGACAGACAAGGAUGUACGUGUCGCCUACACUUGCAAAGUUAUUCGUCGAUCAGUGGUCAACUACUCAGCCUACGAAGCCAUCUUCCAGUCCACGAAAGAUUCGACGAGCGUGUGGACGGCGCUUUCUUCGAUGGACUGGUUGCUUGCAGUUGAGAUGGAGGCAGUUACCAGUUUUGUAGCUCGUCUUGCAUUGGUAGAAGCUCAAAGUGAGAAUCUGGUCUCGUCAUACAUGGGUUUUUUUCGCCGCCUCGCUGAAAAGAAGCUCAAGUCAUAUAAAUUCGAUGCUAUGGCCAUAGAACCAUCCCGCGCGAAAGAAGCAAACGAAGAUAGUCACCGACGGUAUGUAAAGACGCAGGCUCAAUUCUUCGGUCCUGGAAAAACAUGCCUGCGACGUACACUGCUUCAACUGCAGGCACGCUUCCCCAGAGUCACGAAAGAGGCGAUGCUGUGCGUUUUGUUAGACCCGCGGACGAAAUCGAGCGCAAAGAAACUGGCCGCCGACAGUAGCAUUCCGCGCAAGGAAGAGAAGGCGGUUUACAAAGAUAGCUACGACUUCUUGCGAGAUGAGCACCGGCAAGUAUUCGCGCAGAUGUCUAAGCAAGGCAAAAUUCCAAUGUCGCAACAGGCUUCGUCUCAAAGCAGUAUGUUCAGUCAGGAAUCAACGUCACCAUCAUCCUCGCCGUCAUCUACGGGCUGGGAUGACGAAGACGAGCUUCUACUUGGAGCUCCGAUACGGGCCCGCAAGACCAGGGAGGAGGUGAAAGAGUCUGAAGUAAAUGCGAGAGUAGACGCAGUCGUGAAAGAUUGGCUUGAACUCGAACCCGAGUGGCUAGAGGUUGCACAACAGCAGAACCCUGACAUGUCGAAAGAAGACCUGUCUAAAGACAUGACGACAGAUUCGCACAACGGAAUGUGCUGGGCACUGCUCGGUCUGUACAAACACGUGGACGUUUUAAGGUGGUUUCGUGAAGAAGGAGAGUUCCUGUUUCCCUCAAUUGCGCUGCUUGUGCGCAUUCAUCUCGGGAAAGUCUCCUCGUCAGCGUUCCAGGAGAGGUUGUUUUCAACUGGAGGAAAAGUAAUGGGGCCUCUUCGAACCCGGACGGACAGCAGACGAGCGGAAAAGCAGCUACUUCUCCGUCACAAUCGAGAGGAGAUCACGAACUUGAAGCACGAUGCUCGCAACGCUAUCGAGCCCAAAGUAGUACUUUGA